AUGAGCCAACCAUGGUCUGGAUGCAACACAUGGCUACAAGACUUAAUCCAGCUUCACUCCACCCUUCCACCUAGUGAGGAUUCGGCAGAUGCUCCUAUGGCAGCAGGCGACAUUGGUGAACCUCAUGAGUCUUACCAUGAACAAGUUGAAGGAGAGUACUUUGAUGGAGGCAGAAAUUGGAGCAAGGACUGUGAGGCUGAAGUAAUAGACUAUUUUCUUGAACCCCCGCUAGCCUUUGAUGAGGGCUACACAUUUCUGAGUUUGUUCAAUGCUGAUGAGAAUAGCAUCCAUCGCAAAAUGAACCUAUACUAUCCAUUCAGCAGUUGGAAGGAAUGGGAGAUUGCAGCAUGGCUUCUGCAUUUGGGCCUGAGCAUGGGCAAGAUAGAUUCAUUCCUGUCGCUGGAGAUGGCAAGUUUCUUAAUUUCAAACACAUUAGGGCAGCUUAAUUCAGGGAGCACUUAG